AUGCUUGGUUCAGGCGAGGGGUUUAUUACCAAGCUCGCUUCAUACCUCACAGCAGACAGACAUCCUGUUCCCGACGAAACACCAUCCACGGAAGAUGAGACUUCCCCCACGACCCCGCUUACUAGCAAUGCUACAAGGGAAGACAAUAUUUCAACUGGCAACAACGAGUCAGCAAAGUCCAUAUCGACAACUGGCCCAAGACGUUCAAUUGCAAGAUCUGCCAGUGAGACGGUUGUGCCGAGCCAGACUCACAGUGAGCGAUUGACUGCGAUAACCGUGUUGAAUACUGUCCACUUCAAAGAAGGCGAGCGCCGUGUAACCAAUGUACCCCAACAUCUUCCACGGGCUGCACUGCAACCUCCUCGCCGUGCCACGCAGCGCUCUAUAAGUAACUCACGACUCGAACUAAGCUCUCCCAAUCCUGAUGCUGCGACACCCUUCACUGCCCUCCAGAAGCAGCACAAAGAGCAAGCGAAAUUUGCUACCAGUCGCUUACCUAGACCUGCUCGAGCUCGGCUUGAAUCUUCUUUGAGCGGACCUGCGACUAGAUCAAGACCGAGCCCUACUAGAUCUACUGCGUUACGCUCAAGUUCGGAUCCCGACCUAACAAAAGCAUUCGCGAACCCCAGAACACGCGAUCGUAACGUACCACUCAAACCAUGUAUCAAGAAGAAAGCAGGCAGUGUCAUCGCUCCUCCACCGGAAGAGUUUCAGCAUGGAAAAGUCACCGCUGGGUCCAGGACUUUGCGCCGCGUAAAGACGGUCGAUUUCGAAGGAAACGGUUCAAGUUCAUCAUUCUCGCUAUCGCCAGGCCAUUUCACUCAGGACAGACCGAACCCACUUUCGAGGAAUAAUUCCGAGAAGACCACUAGGCGUGCUAGUGUAACGAAGAAGAUAGCCAAGACCUCACCUUCAUGCCCGAACACCAUAGGCACAACGAAGAGUAGUGUUGCAGACACUGCAGUCACACGCACAGAUGUCCAUGUCAUCGCCAUCGCACCCCAAUGGGAUGCGCAGGAUGUUACCAACGACGAAGAUAUCGAUCCGGCGACGCCGACUAUGCAGAUAAUAGAGACGAAGAGUGCAAGCUACGAGAUAGUCUGGGACGAUGUACCACCCGAGCACAGCGCCAGAAUCAUAGGAAGACGGAGCUCGUCUGCAAGCCAUGCGUUGGAAGCAGCCGCUCCAGGUGCGCCACGUGGUCUUGAGCGAGUCAACUCGAAGCUUGCGUGUUGGUCAGGAACAUGGAACACACCUUCGGAGAAGUUCAAACCGACCAUCGUGGUUUUUCCCGACGACGAUGGUCGAUCUGCUUAUCACGAUUGCGCGAUAGAGGUCGACGAUGAACUACUAGUAUCAGCACCCCCGAACAGCCAGAUGACAAGUUGUACUUCUUCACGCUUCCCAUCUUGCCCGCCAUCUCGUACGGCCAGUGCGCCAAUGACUAGGACAGCUUCGAAGGAAGAGAUGACGUUCUCGGACGCCCUGAGAGACACACUACCACAACUCCCAGAGCAUCUGCCCCCAGUUUUGGAACAGGCUCUUCCUACCCCUGAUGGUGAGGUGAGGAUUGGCGGUGGACGAGAUAUGAAACCAGCCAUUGGGUUUCGUAAGCUUUCGAAUGUCGACGAAGCAGACACAAGGUUCCGAGGCCAUCGUGACUCUGUCACCAUGGCGCAUUCCCGACUCGUCCGCUCUGGAGGGGUUUCCGCGGAGCUUUUUGCACAUAGGGAUUCCAUCUCCAUAGGAAAGAAGCGUAUACACGCAAGGAACCAUGCAACGUCUGCGGUCAGAGCGAUACCUCGUCGUAGAGAGACAAUUUGCGAAAUGCGCAACUUCCUUGACGAUGAUGACAUGUCAGGGGUGUCUAUGCCCGCGGCCGAUUUGGUCAAGGAGCGGGCUGCUCAAGCGCUCAGAAACAGUAGCUCACCAUCUAUGCUUCGUCCGCCACAACAGACGCCGAAUCAACGCCAUAUUCGGAUUGUGGAGUAA